GUGCGUUGAUGCCGCUGCGGACGCUCAAGCUCCAUGGUGCUUUUCAGACGACACUGAGAUCGAGCACACUGCGCCGGCUCGGGCGGCUCUGCGGGCGGCUCAAGGAGCUGGACCUGUUUGACACCACCUUCGAGGUUGCCGGCAUCCACGACCUGCUGGAGCUGCGUGGUGCACAGCUAACGCAUCUGCGGCUCAUCAACGGCAUCGACGGCACCACCCUCGACGACAACACAUUGGCGGUCGUCGCCCGCAGCGGUCGCCGCCUGCGACAUCUCGAUCUCUCCUUUGCCCAGCUGACAGGAGCCGGCAUCGAUGCUUUCGCCCGCACCGUCGCAGCAGCACAUGCAGAGGCUCAAGCGCAGGACCCGCAGCACAGCAUCGCUGGCGACCGGCCUGGGCGAUACUCGCUCGAGUUUGUUCGGCUGGUGCACUGCGGCGGACUGCAGAGCAGCCACAUUCGAUCGCUGGUCAAGGACAUGCCGACCAUGAAGACGCUGGAUUUGCGCCGGUGCUCGGUCGUCGGCCACGACGAGGAGCAGCGAGUGGUGCAGAUUGCGCGGGAGGAUGGAACGAUUGCAAGCGUGAUUGUGGGCGAGUGAUGCGGCGAUGUGGGGUAAACGAUGGAUGCGGUGGAUGUGAUGAAUGCGAUCGAUGUGGUGAUACAUACAGUUAAGGUACUGGAC